AUGGCCUCGGCGGAGCUGGACUACAUCAUUGAGAUCCCGGAUCAGCCCUGCUGGAGCCGGGAGAACAGCCCAAGCCAAGGUGGUUCUCGACAGCCUUUGGUGAUUCUCUUGGGCUGGGGUGGCUGCACGGACAAGAACCUUGCCAAGUACAGUGCCAUCUACCACAAAAGGGGCUGCAUUGUGAUCCGAUACACAGCCCCGUGGCACCUGGUCUUCUUCUCCGAGUCCCUGGGCAUCCCGUCACUCCGUGUUUUGGCCCAGAAGCUCCUCGAGCUCCUCUUUGAUUACGAGAUUGAGAAGGAGCCCCUGCUCUUCCACGUCUUCAGCAACGCCGGGGCCAUGCUGUACCGAUACGUGCUGGAGCUCCUGCAGACCCACCGGCGCUUCUGCCGCCUGCGUGUGGUGGGCGCCAUCUUUGACAGCGGUCCUGGUGAUAGGAACCUGGUGGGGGCCCUGCGGGCCCUGGCAGCCAUCCUGGAGCACCGGCCUGCUGCGCUGCGCCUGCUGCUCCUGGUGGCCUUCGCCCUGGUGGCGGGCCUCUUCCAUGUCCUGCUCGCUCCACUCACCGCCCUCUUCCACACCCACUUCUACGACAGGCUCCUCGACGCGGCCUCUCGCUGGCCCGAGCUCUACCUCUACUCGAGGGCUGACGAAGUGGUCCUAGCCAGGGACGUGGAACGCAUGGUGGAGGCGCGCCUGGCACACCAGGUCCUGGUGCGCUCGGUGGACUUCGUGUCCUCUGCACAUGUCAGCCACCUCCGUGACCACCCUACCUACUACACGAGCCUGUGUGUCAACUUCAUGCGCAGCUGUGUCCACUGCUGA